AAAGGAAAAAAGAAGAUAGAGACAAUCAAAUAAAAACCCGAAAUAAUUAGAAAAAAUAUUGUUAUAUAUUUUUGGAUAAAUUUGUUGAUCGGAUGGGGUUCCUACACAAGCUGUGGGAUGAAACGGUGGCCGGACCGACGCCGGACAAUGGUCUCGGGAAAUUGAGAAAGCACGAUUCAUUAUCCACCGUCCGAUCUUCUCCUCCUUCUCUCUCAAGCGAUCAAGUCACCAGAAGCAUAAUGGUUACCAAGGGGAAUAACAAUGUCCGUGGUCUCCGUAAAUUGAAAAUGGAUCCGGAUCGUGUUCCGGAUUCUCCAACUGGGUCAAUCAGCAACCCUGGGACGCCUUUAACCCCUGGGACACCAUGCUAUGAUUUGGGACCAUUCACUGCCGGUAAAAUCCCUUCCUCCGGCGAAGACGAUGCUGCAAGUCUCACCACUUAUGAAUGGAUUGUGAUUAACGCGUUGGACCGUUGAAUGAACAAGCCGAGAGAGAAACAUCAUACGGGGUUUUUGUGUAAAUAUAAAUAACCUAUACAUGUAAUUAUGUAAAUAUUUACUGAUAAGGUCAGUAUCAAAUGUAAUGUCUCUUGAAACAAAGUAUCCAUUUCUAUUACAGGGUCUUAAAAAGAUUACUUGAACC